GUGAGAUAUUUGGAAUCAAGCUCAUGUAUAAACUUGUUAGUCCUCAUUUUGGUUUUAGAGACCGCUAACAAAGUAGAUUUUAUUUCCUGUCCAAAUAACCCCACUUUUAGCAUCCUUUGUGGUAAAACUUAAUUGCAUCUAUUAGCUGCUGAUGAAAAUUCGAUAAUUAAAUUUUAUAGGCAAAGUUCCUAUACUUAGCAAACCUGAAAUAUUCAUUGCCACAAGAGGAUUCUCUUCUCCUUGAUCAUUUAAUGCAAGAUGACCCUUACGUGAUCGAAGAUUCAGACUCAGAAGAAGGUAGGCCCGAGCACAGGAGAUCAAGAGGGAGUUUCAUUCCUAAAAUCACAGGCAGGUGGACUCAAGACGAACACAAAAUAUUCGUUGACUGUCUCAAAAAGUAUGGAAAAGACUGGGUAAUGCUCGAGAAGUCAAUUCCAACUCGAACAAGUACUCAGAUCCGAAGUCAUGCCCAGAAGUACUUCAACACCAUCAAGGAGCAGUUCAGAACUGAAGACCCUUUAGGUUAUAUUGAUGGCGACUCUAAGAGAGAUGACUCUUUUGCAGAGCCUGAUAGUAACAUUAGAGGAUCGCAAAGAAACAUCCCACAAAGUUCAGAUAGAAUAAUGCAAAGAGAAGAUGAGGAAGAUAAGCAUGGUGAUCCUCAAAGAGUAUCAAGGAAAACCAUCCCCAGUACUGUCAUUAACAAGCCUCUCUAUGGCUACCAAAGUUCGAUAAAUAAGUACUCGGAACAUACAGACAACUAUAGAAAAGUUCCUGUUCCAAAAAUCGACUCCCAAAAUGAUAAAAUGAAGGAAGAAUCGGAUAGGUCAAUCUCAAGUGUAAUUUGUUUGGAGAAAGGACAAGUCUCUAUCAAAGGUAAUAAGAUCCAAACUUCAGUCCCAUGAGAGAUCGAGAAUAUUGUCCUUGCAAAUGGAAUAAACAGCACAAUGAUCGUGUCUAACCAACCAGUAAUGCUUCAAGUUUCUCCGAUAACUCUGGACACUCCUCUAAUUCUUGAAGGAAGUAGUAAUUUCAUGCAGAAAUAUGGAGACUCACAAAACAGAAAUCGGCUGUCCUCAGAUCACUACUCAAAUGAGAACUCUGGUGUAGAUCACAUCAUGAAUUUUUUCGAGAAGAAUUACUGUCUGCAAGACCUCAAGGGGCACUGAGGACAGAGCUCUGAGUGCCAGAUGUCCUCCAUGAACAGCAACGAUAAGCCUCGAAACGGAGCUGAGAAUAAGAGUUUUCAGUCGUCUGCCUCGAACAGGAUGGAACAAGACAAAAAGUCUGACAGUGAGAACAACUCACAACCGAUAGUUCAUAAUUUCACGAACGAUGGAUGGUUCAGAGCCAUGCAAAAGAAAGGAAGGGGUGACCAAGCAAAGAAGCAGAAAGGGCCGAGAGAUUAUUACCUAAACAAUUAA